AGCAGAUCAGAGCACUUUCUCAGUCUUCCACUGUUUUGAGCCAGUGAUCUUCUCUCCUUGGAUCUUGUAUACUCAAGAAAAAGAAGAAAACACAGAUUGUCAGAAUCCUUCAAAUUUGAUACUCAUCACUGUUAUGAUCUGUUUGUUAAUGGAUGUUGAUUCUGGAUAUCAGAACCGGUACAGUGAAGUACUCUCCUAUUAAGCUGAGGGACCAGCUUAAAAUCAACAAAAUAACAACGGGCCUAACACAAUCAGGAAAUCUAGGUCUCUUAAAGUGAAAUCAAACAACCUCUCCUCCUUCUGCCCUUUCUUGAAAUCUAAAUGUGAUGGCAACGUUGCUCUUCCCUGUGCAGCUGCUGGCAGUGACUGUCACCAUUUAUCUAGAGCUGGUGAAGUCUGCUCAAGGUGGUGUCUACUAUGGGAUCAAGCAGCUGCCACCCCAGGUGCCCCAGUACCAACCCCUCGGACAACAAGUACCUCACAUGCCACUGGGCAAAGAAGGCAUCCCUAUGCAGCACAUGGGCAAGGAGGUGCCCCACAUGCAGUACGGGAAAGAGUACCCCCAUCUUCCUCAGUACAUGAAGGAGGUGCCUCAGAUGCCUCUGCUUGGAAAGGACAGGGCUCCCAAGAAAGAGAAAGAAAUGCCCAUGCGCAGUCUUAGGGGCGAGCAAGGUCCCCCUGGUGAGCCUGGACCAAGAGGGCCACCAGGGCCACCAGGAUUGCCAGGUCAUGGUGUGCCGGGAGCCAAAGGAAAACCGGGCCCGCAAGGAUAUCCAGGCAUUGGGAAGCCGGGUUUGCCAGGGAUGCCGGGCAAACCAGGGGUCAUGGGGCCUCCAGGGCCGAGAGGGGAGAUGGGACCAAAGGGGGAGGUCGGGCCUAUGGGGAUCCCUGGGCCACAAGGACCGCCGGGGCCGCACGGGCUUCCCGGCAUAGGAAAAGCAGGUGCUCCGGGGCUCCAAGGACAGCCAGGAGCCAAGGGCGAGCCAGGGAUAAAGGGGCCUCCAGGAGCUCCCGGGAUCCCAGGGCCAAAAGGGGAGAAGGGCGUUGGGAUCCCGGGUUUGCCUGGGCUUAAGGGUCCACCUGGGCUACCCGGCCCCCCUGGCCCUGUGGGGCUGCCAGGGGUUGGCAAGCCAGGCAUGGUUGGCUUCCCUGGCCCACAGGGACCUGUGGGUAAGCCCGGACCUCCAGGAGAGCUGGGGCUGCAGGGGCCCCCGGGUGCCCCAGGGAUCCAAGGUCCUCCCGGCCUGCCUGGCGUUGGCAAACCUGGCCAGGACGGCAUUCCCGGUCAGCCAGGCUUCCCGGGCGGCAAGGGGGAGCAGGGCCUGCCAGGCCUGCCGGGGCCCCCUGGCAUCCCCGGGGUGGGGAAACCAGGCUUCCCUGGGCCGAAGGGUGAGCGUGGUGUGGGUGGUCUGCCUGGGCCUCUGGGGCCCAAGGGGGAGAAAGGGCACGCAGGGCCACCGGGCAUGGGCGGGCCACCGGGAGAGCCAGGCCAGCCGGGGCUGCCAGGCCUCAUGGGCCCCCCGGGGGCAGCUGGCUUCCCAGGACCCAAAGGAGAGGGUGGCGCUGUGGGGCCACCAGGACCGGUCGGCCCCAAGGGUGAACCAGGCCUGCAAGGCUUUCCGGGGAAACCGGGCUUUCCCGGGGAGGUGGGGGCCCCCGGGCUGCGGGGGCUGCCAGGCCCCACAGGGCCCAAGGGGGAAGCUGGGCACAAAGGCUUGCCAGGGCUGCCAGGAGUCCCAGGGCUGGUGGGGCCAAAGGGCGAGCCGGGGCUUCCCGGCGCCCAGGGGCUUCAGGGCCCCUCGGGCAUCCCAGGCAUUGCGGGACCCAGCGGUCCCAUCGGCCCCCCAGGGUUGCCGGGGGCAAAGGGGGAGCCAGGCUUGCCUGGACCCCCUGGCUUUCCCGGGGUGGGCAAACCCGGUGUGGCUGGGCUGCAGGGCCCCCCGGGGAAGCCUGGGGCUCUUGGUCCCCCUGGGCAGCCAGGCCUUCAGGGCCCACCCGGCCCUCCCGGGCCCCCUGGGCCUCCGGUCAUCAUCCCCCCUACUCCCCCAGCCGUGGGACAGUAUCUGCCUGAGGUGGGGCCAGGGAUAGAAGGCGUCAAGCCCCCCUAUGGCUACAUGGGCAAGAAAGGCAAGGCUGGCGGCGUCAUCUAUGAGAUGCCUGCAUUCACAGCAGAGCUCCUCACCCCCUUCCCCCGCGUCGGGGUGCCCGUCAAGUUCGACAAGCUCCUCUACAACGGCCGGCAGAACUACAAUCCCCAGACAGGGAUCUUCACCUGUGAGAUCCCCGGUGUCUACUACUUUGCCUACCACGUCCACUGUAAAGGGGCCAGCGUCUGGGUGGCCUUGUUCAAGAACAAUGAGCCGCUGAUGUACACCUACGACGAGUACAAGAAAGGCUUCCUGGACCAGGCUUCAGGCAGCGCCGUCGUCCCGCUGAUGCACGGAGACAAGGUUUACGUUCAAAUGCCAUCCGAGCAGGCAGCAGGACUCUAUGCCGGGCAGUACGUUCAUUCAUCUUUUUCAGGAUAUUUAUUGUAUCCCAUGUAACACAAAAAACAGACACACACACACACACAACACACACACACACAAGAUCAAAACCUUUCUUCUCCGCUUCAAACUUUCAUACCAUAAAAGACACAUUUUAAGACCGUUUCGGACCAUCUGGUACAACAAAAAACCCCACAAGGUUUAACAUUAUCCACAACUAGUUACAAAAACAAAAAGAAAGGUGUGGAGAACAUAUCUAAAGAUGUGUAUCAGGUUCAUAAACAGGAUUUUUUUGCACCCGACGGGGACAUAUUAGCUGUACGUUAUAUAUUUCUGUGACGCCAUGCUUACUUCAUUUCCUUCACAAUAACUCAGAGCUAAGGUUCAAAUCAGCGUACAUCACUCACUCCUGUUUGCAUUGAUCAGUUACGAGAUGAAAACCAGCAACUUAAACCAGAGUACAUCUGCCUGAAACUAUAUGGAAAAAUUUGAGUGGCUUUUUAUUUGUUUGGGUGGGGUUUGGGGGGUGACAGCAGGUCUGCCUGACAAGCGAAGGUUCGCUUAGCUGGAGACCUUUAUUUCCGUUCCCCUGUAAAUAAAUAUUCCUACAGAGGUGAGGUUUUUCCUGAACAAUUUACUUAUGAUGGAAAAGGACUGUUGAUGGUAUCACUCCCUAUGAGUCUUCUCCAGCUGUUGUUGGACCCAGAAUGGUGCCACUGACUCCACUAGGCGCUGGGUUGAUCUCCAAACACCACAGUACUCAGAAAGUCUCCACCUGCGUUUGCACGGUUGAAGGAGAUGAGGCAGAUCAGAGACAAAAGAGAAAACCAAGAGAGUUCCCCUUUUCUUUGUGCCUCAGGGUUGAGACCAUCUUGUCCACCGUGUGGCUAUAGAGCAGGGUGGUGUGAAGUUGCUGGUGUUUCGGUGCUCGUCCUAAGAACCCGCGUCUGUUUGGCUUGUCAGAAGAGACGCCUGUUCUGCCACUCUGAGCAAAGAUUAAAUCAGUUCACUCUUCGGUGACAAGGCAAAGCAGAAGUAGUGCUGUUUGUUAAUUAACUAAUUUUAUUGAAAUCAACCGAUAACCUUACCGGCAAUACUGAUCACGCAAAUCUAUCCGUGAACUUCCAUUUUAUAUAAAAGCUGAUUUCCAGUCUUUAUUUAUAUGCUACCACCUGUCAAGGUGGACCUGCAGGCAUCAAUCUUUUCUGUACAUGAGGAAAGCAACUUCUCUGCAAGAGCUGUCUGUUCAUCAAUGGUGCUAAUCUCACCCCUAAAGUACUCGUUUCCCGAGGGCAGCGUACUUUGCUGCAGUUCCCUGUACAGUGCUGCACAUCACACACUGUUUAACGCUAGUCGAAAGAGUUAAAUACUCAACACUUCUUCGAUGUCUUUAGCUAACGCUACCGCUUUUGAUUCAGAAAAAAAAUGAACUAGAUUUUUCAGGCAGAACUAAGAUUGGAUUUAACUGGCAUUACCAUUAUUUAAAUGCAGAGUUUAAUGCAGUCUAACAUGACUAAGGACUCCAGUGAUAUAAUGUGGUGCUUUAUCUCAGAAAUUUUAUGGAACGGUGGCAGAAACAGAUGGACAGUUUACCAGGCAUUGGUGACUUUGGUAUGUUCCCAGAAUAUAUGAGAUAUGACAAAAGCAAAUAAUUUUGUAUUUAAAAUUUUUGUA